AUGAACUCAUUACCUGUCACAAGCGCGAAAAGGUUAUCAUGCAAGUCGUACGAGAUUGGCAGCCAGCGAUUCAAGUUCAACGCUGUUGGACACGUGCUUUUGACCUUUCUCGGUGUCUUUGGGCUACUGAGCCUGUUUUCUAAUUACUACAAAAUUGCAGCCCCGGAGGCAUUUCAGCGUACCCCGACAAUAGGCAAGGUGACGAUGAUAUACGGGAACGAUCCGAUAUACGAGAGAACGUUGGAGACACGCAAGGAGCACAGUCGGCGACUGGGCUACCCUCUUACGGUUCUGCGGUAUCCAAUACUGAACGGGACUUGGAACAAGAUCGCCAUUCUUCAGUCGAUCCUGCUACUGGAACUGGAAAAGCCGGCCCAUCAGCGAUUGCAGUGGCUCUUUUGGUUCGACGGCGACACGGUGCUGAUGAAUCCUGACAUGCCGCUGGAGACAUUUCUUCCCCCGCCCGAAUUGCCAAACACUCACCUGUUGGCCAGCAGGGACUGGAAUGGGCUGAACAACGGGGUCUUCUUUCUUCGCGUUCAUCCCUGGUCGGUGGAAUUGCUUUCUGCCGCCAUCGCCUACCCGGCCGUGAAGCCUAACGUCCAGCUUCCCUGGUUCGAGCAGUCCGCGAUCAGCAAUGUCCUGGCCGAGAACAAGUACUUUGCUCGAUCGACCGUGUACUGCCCGCUCCGUUGGUUCAAUGCCUACAUGAGACAUCCGAACGGGAUAGAUAUCGAUCCUGAUACUCCGCUGCAUCUCCAGGUUUACCCUGGUGAUCUUCUCGUUCACUUUCCGGGAACCUCAAAAGCCAAUUUGACUCGGACCCUGACGCCGUAUCUUGAGAUAGCAGAAUCGCCUAGUAGGGACUGGGAGGUGCCACUGGAGAAGACGCGGUACAUAGAGGAGACGGAAAGGUUCUGGACGGAUUUGCGUUUUGGUUCGUCCGGUCACAUAACCUCUAUUCCUGAACCGAUCGAUGCAGAUGCUGCGGAAGUGCACGCCGGAUGUACAAGCUACCUCAAAAGCUCGACAUUCGUUUUCGCCCGAGGAGCAAGGGCCGACGAGGAUGUACAGAUUAUCAGCUCCGUGAUCAUGGGGGCACAGCCCAUCACAGUCGAAUUCGUGGCUUCUGAUCUGUCCGGCUUGGAAUCAAGUAUCCAACCGCUACAUCCGCCUCCAAUUCCACAACCACGGCCUCAACACCGACUCUUCAGCCUCGCAAUAAUCCACUACGGUAUCAUCCACAAGGGGUUGGCUUAA